AUGACCCAGUUGAGAGCCUCGGUUGGGAAAAAUCGCCAUAUAUUUCGGCGAGAAGCUGAACUUCUUAAUCUACCUUCUGACGAGAUGCUUAAGCUGCGAUCAUCCAUUCCGGCAAGAAGGUCUGCUAUUAUAGUUAUGGCUAUUGGAGAGACAAUUAUUAACAUUGAAGAGACAGAUAGUGAUUCAGUUUGCGAAAUUCCUGAAGUAGAAUGGAUACCCCACGUUGAUAUGCAGUUUGAUUCUGAAGAAGCGGCUUAUGAUUUUUACAAUGAAUAUGGUGGCAGAGUGGGUUUUAGUAUUCGGAGAGAAUAUAAAAACAACAGUCGGAAGGAUGGAAAACUAACAUCUAGAAAUUUUGUUUGUUGCAAGGAGGGAAAAAGAGGUGAGGACAAGAGGGAGAGGAAAAUAAAGAAUCGAAGAGCUGAAACAUGCACUGAUUGUCAUGCACGCAUGCUUAUUACCUUUAAUAUGGAAUUUGGUAAGUACAUUGUCAAAGAUUUUAAAGAUACUCACAACCAUCCCCUUAUUAGUGAGGAUUGUGCCCACAUAAUGCCAUCGCAACGAAAAAUAAAGUCAGUGCAAGCUAUUGAUGUGGAGUUGGCUGCCGAUUGUGGAAUACCAGUUCGUAAAGCCUUUGAGUUAAGUUCGAGGCAAUCUGGUGGUAGAGAAAGUAUUGGCUUCAUGAAGACACAGUGUUGGGAAGAUCCAUCAUUCUUCUAUGCCGUGCAAUUGGACAACAGUGCAAUGAUAACAAAUAUAUUUUGGGCCAAUUCAAAAAUGAUAUCAGAUUAUAGCCAUUUUGGAGAUGUGCUGAGAUUUGAUACCACGUACAAACUUGUUCAUGGGAAUAGGCCUUUUGCAGUUUUUCUCGGUUUGAACCAUCACCGGGAGACAGUUGUGCUUGGAGCAGCUUUCAUGUAUGAUGAGACAACCGAUUCUUUUGGUUGGUUAUUCAAUACAUUCUUGAAUGCCAUGUCCCAUAAAACACCAAGGACGAUCUUGACCGACUAA